AUGGCGUCCAUGGUGAGUUUCAGGUCGUGGGUGGGGUGUGCGGGUAAUGAAAUCACAGACUGCGUUAUUGGGAAUGAAGCUGAGCCGCGUUACUGUACACCUAAGUAG